UGACGCCGCGCGAUCUGUCUGUGAAGAAUACUUCUCUGGUUAAUUUCAGAAGCAGAUUUGGCCAGAAGAGGAACCCAAAUUUUCCGAUAUCGUCUUCCUCCUAUCAAGCUUCAGGGAAAAAGUGCAAGUUGAAACAGGAACAACUCAUCGUGAAUGAGGGGGAGAAAGAGCGAGGCGAGCCUGCCGGUGGCAGAGGGUCUCACUUCGACGGAGAGGCCUCUUCAAGCGCCCUGGACUCGUCUUCGUUGCUGGCCAGAAUGAGGGAGAGGAACCACCUGACGGGAUCCCAGCAGCAGAGGGAGGAUCCAGCGGUGGGGAGCUUUGAGCAUGGCAUCCCUGGCCCCCCUGCGGUCACAGAGCGGCACGACGAGCUGCUCUCAGAUAUCCGGCACUUCAUGGCUUUCCAGGCGCAGCUGCCGGGUCAGGCCAGCACUCGGGAAAUCCUGCAGGAAUUUGGGUCCAAGCUGACCACGGAGCAGUGCUGCACCUUCCGGGAACUCCUGAGGAACCUCUGCACUUUCCACAGGCAGUCGGGCGGCGAAGGGCUUUGGACGCUCAAACCAGAGUUUACCUGACUCUCCCCUGCUGGGGCUUUUCAGCAGCCGGUUUUGUCUUGGGACCCCCGGGUGUCCUCUCCUACUACACAGAGGGCGCCACCAACCUUAGACAGCAGGAACAGGGACCAGCCGGACAUUUUCCCUAUCUAAGGGAGAAUUAAAGUGGAUCUUAAAGUGGAUUUCUAGCAAGCUUUCUGGUAAAUCAUGCAAUAAAAUUUGGAAAGUGGGAACGGUGUGCCUAAAUAGAAAAUACC